ACUGGCGAAACACCGGAAUCCCAAAAUGAUUGAUGACCUCAUUCCAGAAAAGAAAGAGAAUCUGCCUCCGGACGGAACGCCGUCAGCGAGCCGGCGAAAGUCGGGCGAAGCGUCCAGGGAACAACGCACGCCCGUUGGUGGUGGACCCCUUGCUUCCAUCGAGCACCAAGGGAAUCUACCUGAAGCCCGAGCUGUCCUGAGCGAGAUGAACAACUGUGUCGACUGCGAACCGAUUUCUGAAGUGACUGCAGCGGCUUCGGGCGAUCACGAGGACGGCAUGAUGAACAGAACGUUCACUCCUCGAUCCCCGAGUGCCGUCCAUACGGGGUCGUCCUGUGUGCCCGAGGAAGGCAGUGCGGAGCUCACCUUCGCUGUAGAUGGAACGCCGCUCACAAGCCUGCAAGUUGGAGAACGCGAUGACGUCGAACAUGCAUCGCACGAACAGGGAACAGUGCUGGACAUCCCUUCUAACUCUUCCGACACGCUUAUUGCUGCUUCUAGGCCCGAGAAGCAAUCGUCAAACACCUCUCUUCUCAGCGACGACACAAACAAGAGCGAACUGGAUUUGACUUACACCACGGCGAAGGGCUCUCCCUUGGGGGCCACUCAUUACUUUGACAUCAGCAGCAACGACACUAGCAUUGCUGAGUCGGUCGAGGGACAUGAAGUGAAGGCACCUGCAGCCUCUGCCUUAGAUGAAAGCCACCAUCAGCAGAACAGUCUUGAAGCUCUGCCAGACAAUACUCUGGAGUCGCCAAGUGUGCUUUUGGAAUCCAGCAGCAGGGAUGUGACUUGCAUUCCUGCCAAUGACACUGUGCUGCAUCUGGGAAAUGACAGUGCUUUAUCAAAUGCAGCUGGAUUAUUAAGCCCUGGUGUAACCAAUGAGCCCUUAGAACCAUUUGAGUUGUAUGACCAAAACGUGAACCUCCUCGAGCUUUCAGACUCUCGGAAGCUGCCAGACAUCCCAGUUUUACAGGACACAAACUUCCUCCUGUGCUUUGACAAUUCCUCUACUCCAAGUGCUCCGGCUCAAAGCAAGGAACGUCGACAAAAUUUCGUUGCUGGCAGCAGUGCCGGAGAGUCCACAAGUACACCCGGUCAGGAUGAAGAAUUGACCAUCUGUGUUACUGACUCCAAUGACAACCUGGUGACCACAAAAGGGGAUGCAAGCGGGGCUGGAAUUGGCGUGAUCCCAAAGUCCUCGGGUACUGCUGCUGUUGGAUCUGGUGACCAAGUUGUUGCCCAAGUCCAGCACUCUUCAGACAAAGAUAAGACGGAGGGAACAUUACCCGUGGAUUCUGAGGCAGGCCCCGAGGUUGCUCAGUUUUCUGAGGAGGAGUUCAAGACAGCUGCUGACUACUUUAAGGAAGAUUUGGAAUUCCUUCAUAAAGUGGGCAGCAGCCAGCGGCUGGGCAGAACCAGCCUAGGGCGCUGCUCGCUUUACCUCAAUUUUGACCCCCUGGCACGAAGGCGUAGUGAGGCAAAUGAAGAUCUGAAGCCUAAACACAGAGCUUCACUUUUACCCUUGGCUGGUGACAACAGUGAACUGUUGAUCAACCUGAGCCCUUCUAACAACAGUAAGGACCUGCUGAACUUUUCAACGCCUUCGAAAGGAUCAGUGUCUUCCCCCAAAAUUCCAGCAGCUGUUCAAGAGGAGCAAAUGUUUUCGGAGAAGGAAAUGUCACAGGCGCUCAAGUACCAGGAGCUGAUGUUUCAAGAGCGCCUGCUUAAAAAGGACCAAGAUUGUGUUCGACAGCUGGAUUCUGUUCGGCAAGAAAUGGAGAGUUACCGUGGCAAGCUUGGCGAAAGCCAAAAGCUUUGCCAGAUGCAAGAAAGAGCUCUGCAGUGCCUUCAAAAGGAUAACGAAAACAUGCUGGCAACCCUGCAGUCCUUCACCAAGGAUAUUCAGAAAGAGCGUGCUGAGCAAGAAGACUUAAUGCAGAAGGUUGUCAAGGAUCGUGACCAGCUUGCAGAAGAUCUGCAAAAUAUGGAAAUGACUUUUGCCGACUUCCAUCGUCGUUAUGAGAAAGCCAAGCAAGUCAUCUCUGUUAUGAAGGAGAAUGAAGCUCUCCUAAAACAGCAGUUAACUGAGGCAAAUGAGGCCCUGGAGAAGAACUGCCACAUGGUUCACAUGAUCAAAACCAAAACAGAGGAAAGCAUCGAAGGUGCCAACAAAGAAGUGGAAAAUACGAAACGGAACUUUGAAGCAGACAUCACUGUUCUGAAAGGUCAACUCAAGAAGGCUGCAAUGACCAUCAAUAGUCUUGAAAAACGACUAGAACAGAAGAAUGAAGAGAACACCGAACUGACAAAACUGUAUGAUGAUCUCCUUAACCAAGUCAAAGCCAAAUAGACUGGAAUAGGCAUGCUCAGUUCUGGCAUGCUCUCACAGCUGCUCCGAUUACUUCAACAGCGGUUCGUCGUGUCAUGUUUGAGAUGCACUAAUUUAUGGUUUCACUUCUGUGUUGGCACUGCCUAAAUGUCUCAGCUUACUAAAGAAUGUCACUGUUUGAAGCACAUCCUGCAAUGGUUGUUCUUAGCUAUUCUGUUUCCUUGUUUUAUGUGCAUUGAUCCUUUCUUAAACUGACCUUUUCUCAAUCCUUUUUGGUGUCAAUGACAACCAGAGCUCAUUUGGGCAGAAAAACAAAUUCUUUACCAUAACUGUUUGCUUCUAUUUAUGUAAACAUAUUGCAAGAUUUUUAGCUUUUUUGUAUUGCCUUAUCCACUGGUUCAGACGCGUUCAAGCUUUGCUCAUAGACUGCAUCUUAGUCAUUUUUUUUUUAGUGGGCACAGUAAUACAAAAUUCUUGCAAUAGCAAUUUAUCUUUUUGUAUUAUGUAUGCAUGAAAGUGACAUGAAAUACUGUUUUCUAGGUUUACCAGCCCAGCAAACAUUAUGCUUGGAACUGUGCUCCAAAUAUAAUGUAGAUUUAUUUUUAAGGUAAAUUUUGCCUAUAAAGAUGCAGUGACCUAAGGCACUAGGCAAACUAAACUUUGUGGGCAGUUCCUUCCUUUUUACUUGGGGAGGCGUGUGUGGACCUGUAAAUAGCGAGAGGGCAACUCACUCCGACGAAAAGUAGGGUGUGUGGCUGCAGUGAGAACUCUUUCUGGGCAUCAAGUCCAAUGAACGUGGUGUACACUACAGUGCAUCUCUGCAGCCUCACUCAAAUGCAGUUGCCUUGCUGUAGUGCACCUGGAUCAGGCCCCUUGAUGUGUUGCCAUAAUGUGUACCCACAUGGGGUCUGUCACUGUGUAGCUUACCUAACCUGAACACUAAGAGGCACUGUUCGCCAACACAACUGCAUUAGGCAUUUAGUUUGCAUUAUAAUUGUCUCUAUAUUUUAUUACACAUAAUUAUAUCCCAAGUCGAAAUUCCUUCCACGUGGUCUAUUUGUGCAAAUGCAGGUUUUAGCUGCUUUUACUACUAUUGACAUGUCUUGUUCUCCUUGCAUACUGCAAUUUCUUGUCAAUAAUAAGACACACAUGCAGCUGCUAUUUUUUGUAAAGUGUCAAAAAUAAUGAACGAGCCUGUGCCAUUUUGAGGUGAUAAAAAUGAUAAAAACCCCAUAGGGAAUGCUGCUGCUAUCACCUGACUGCCUAAGUAAAUGUACGACGUGCACAACUUGCUUUGACACUUAUUGCCCCAAUGAGCCUUUGAUGCUUCUUUUCCAUUCAUUGCUAAAUUUUUGAGUUUGUGCAAUAACAUCAUUUAACAGCUUAAUUGUUUAACAAAUGCAUUUGCCACUGCCUUUUAAGUGUAAAUCACAGAAGUGACAUUUUUUAAUUGCUUCCAUUAUGCAAUUUUUACGUAAGUGACAAGAAAAUUUUAAGAGACCUUAACUCUGCAUAGUGUGCAUGUGUGUAUACCAGGCUUGGCUCUAUGCACACGAAAAAUGCUUGAAGGCACGUUAUGAUCUGAAAUUUAAUUUAUCUGUAGAUGUGUAGGGUAUGUCUGAAAAGAAAUGUCACCGAGUCAAUUCAAAAAUAUUUAUCAGGUCACUACAACACAUUAAAAGGUUUCAAAAUAGGUUCCUCCUGCGUCGAUACAUAGCUUCAAGCAAGAUUUUCUAGGCAUAUAAGCGUCGCAGUAGGCCUCCUCCAGAAUGCCCCUUGGAGCUUUGGUUCAAGCCUCUUUACUUUCUAAUUUGUAUCAAAAUGAUGUCCUUUCAUGGAAGUUUUCCAGUGCAGAAAGAAAAAAAAUCUUGGGGAGCCACGUCAGGACUAUGGGUGGCUGGGGAACCAUUGGCACCUUUGAAUCGACCAGGAAGUGAAUCGCAGGGAAGGCGGUAUAGGCUGUUGCGUUGUCAUGGUGAAGUUUUCAAUCUCCUGCUAUAUCAGGCCGGACACAAUGAACCCUUUGUUUGAGUCUCUUGAGAACUUACACCUAGAAUUUGGCGUUGAUGGUUGUACCAUGUGGUACAAACUCAUGGUGGACGAGCCCCUUGAUGUCGAAGAACGCAAUGAGCAUGGUCUUGACUUUCUGACUUGCUCAUUCUGGCCUUGGGCUGAGGGGACACUGAGGUGUGCCACUCAAUGCUUCGCCUUCUUCCUUUCUUCCUUUCUUUUCUCGUCACCUGUGAUUGACAUCUCCUAGAAAGGGGGGGGUCACUUUCACACAAGUCCCAAACUUCUUAGGACGUUUCAACUCUGUGUGAUUUUUGGUCAUUUGAUAACACUUUCAGCACAAUCUUGGCACACAUUUUUCGCAUCUGCAAAUUAUUUGUAAAAAUGUUGUGAACAGUACUUUUCGGAAUGUUUAAUGUCUCUGCCACUAAACACACAAAUGGCGGUCUGUCUUCGAAAGAUCUCUCAUGUGCGUAAUAUUUUGAUUGGUGAUGGUCAUUGAUAGCCAUCCAGCACAGGCUUCAUCGCUGACCUCUUCAUGGCCUUCUGAAAAUGCCUUGUGCCACCAGUAGACUUGGAUGUUCUGACAGUUAUCACCAAAGGCAGUCUUUAUCAUAGGAAAAAUUUCCACUGUGGAUUUGCCGGGUUUCACACAAAACUUUGUGCCAAUCCUUUGUUCCAACGAGUGCUGCAUUAAAGCGUGCACGGGAAGUGAAAACGAGUCCCACUGAAAAGCCUGUCCUUGCUCUCCAGAUGGCAGCAGACAACAGAGUGACCAUGCUUAGCAUAAGCUAAUUUCCCCCUCCACCAAUCCCAACCGGUCCUAGCGCGCUGUGACUUAUGGUCACUUCACAAUUUAAUCGCUGGCAUUACAUUUAGGACAAACCCUGUAUGCAAAUAAAAUGAGCCUAUUUAAUGUCUCAUUUGUAGCGUUUUCCCAGAAUGGUGUAAUAGUGCUCCUUCUUGUGGUCACUUAGGCAUGGUUUCAUUAGCUUGCAAUUCUAAGCCAUAGUUUUCUCUGAACAUGUGCAGCACUUUAGGCCAAACUGGGGCCUUUCAAUCAUGUUCUGGAGAUAUUAGGCACUAAUGGCAAGCCUGUUUAACUCAAUGCCUCCCUAGAUUUAGGUUAAAAAAAAGUUCGAAAUUUAAAACACGACCAUUACAUCGAUUUACCACAUGAAUGUGUUACUUCAAAUAGCUCACACAAUGCUAAUGGUUGCAUGACUGUGGUUCUUAGCCUUGCUUCAUUUUGUGAAAAAUUGUUAUUAAAAUAUAUACUCGUACCAGAGUCACUAAAGGGAAAUUCUAAACCAGGCCAUAUGUCGAGCUGGGAAACAUUGUUUAGUGGAAAACGGGAUUGCCUUUUGAAAAACGUUGCAGUUGAUGGCCAAACGCUACUCUUGUGCCCAAAGGCCACAGUGGGGAUGUUUUCAUUGUCAUCAUCUCCCCCAUUUUAGCCAGGCUUAAGGUAGAUUUCUGUAGCUUCAUCAUUAUGAUUGUGCCACAUCUCCGUGUGAUGGCAUUUAUUUUGGGCCUUGUUCCAACCGCUGAUUAGAACGUUCUCACUAGGACUGGGGGAUUAAACCCCACAAGUUACUUAUAUUAAACAGUGCCUGAUAGGGCUGGUUAGUUCUUCGGAUGCGCAACUUUUCAAAAUAUGGUGCUGGUGAGAAAUUGAAGGGUAACCAAAAAUGUUCACUGUGGCAUCAAACCUUUUUUUAACCUUCUCCAUGUAAAAGUCUGUUGCAUGUGUGGGCACGCAGAGGCAACUUUCUAGUGUUGCAAGGUUUAAUUUUGUUUUGAAUUUAAAUUGGUUAUAUUUUUCUUAUUGGCUGUUGCAGGUGGGAAUAGGAAUAUUUUUCCAGGAAGAAAACUUGUAUCUCUAAUUGAUAACCACUUUGCUUUUUGCAAAGAAUCAGUGUGGUACUCAACUGCCCUCGCUUAUUAAGAAAUUUUUCAUGACUUUUCAGUUGAUUGUCAUCAUACAAUAAUAGCUUGUCAUAUACAUGCAUAAGUCCCUAAUUGGACAGCACUGUAUUCCAGGUGUGAAAACAGUGUGGUGUAAAAGAAAAAAAAAAUUCCUGCUGCUGUAUCUAGGCACGGAGAAUUAAGAUUGUCAGAAGGCCCUGGUUUUGGAAUGUGAAUGACAUCACUGCCAGUCUUUCUUGCGGUGUACUGGUUUACCAAACCUCUUUUUGACGAAAGUGGAUUGCUGUCACAAAAGUGCAGUUCAUCAAUCUAAAUAGCUCAAAACACAGGCUAUUCAGAAACUGAAGCUCCUGCAUGUGCACAAUUUAUAAAUUUUGCGACAGAACUGACAGGUAACUCAAUAAUGUGUGACGGAAGAGUUGCAGUGCUUUUCAGCUGGAUUAGACAUAGGCAUUAGUGCUGCUCUUGUUUUUCCCUCAGAACCUGGCUGAUCUUAUCCACUUGUGAGGGCAAGCGUAGCAGUUCAACAAACACAAAGGGAAGUACUGUAGAAUGUGGUAGUAUGCAAAUUGCCCAUAUUUAGUAUGCAGUUGUGGAAGGUGUCCGUCUGAUAUGAACCAGUGGUGGAGGCUAUUCAAUUACUCAUGUUUUCAGUUAACGGAGAUGGUGAGCUAAUACAACAUUCAUUUGUGUUUACAAUAAAAUUGCUGGUAAUGGAGUUUUAAUCCAUAUUUGAGUGCUGCACUCUUUUUGUGCAACUUGUCAGAAUUUGAUGACUGGUACAUUCCAGCAUUUCUGUUGUGCUGCACCUAUGUUUUUAGUAUUGACAAAAUGGGACUGAAUUGAAAAGGGGAAGUUCUCGCUACUGUGCCAUCAUUUUGAAAUUGCUCUUCUCUCAGCCAAAUUCCAGACAAAACAAGUCGCCUAGACUGAACAUCGGUGCGAUAGCCAGGCUUUCUCAGUCAUUUGCUCCUGAUAGUUACUAGAAGGGGUCACCUAAUUUCAUGUCUGUUUUGCGAAAACAGUUCAUUGUUCAGUACACUUCUUGCUGGUUCAUGUUUGUAUCAAAAACUUACUAUUGGUCACGAACUUUUUUAAUCAUAUUAGUGUAAAGACACGGCACACAUAAUAUACUUUCGUGUGUGUGUGUGUGUGUGUGUGUGUGUGUGUGUGUGUGUGUGUGCGUGUGUGCGCGUGUGUGUGUGGGUUACUGGUGGGAUAGAAAUAGACUGGACUGGCAUGAAUUUUUUCGUGAAGCAGGCGUAUUGAAAACCAAUUUCCUAUCUUUCUUCUGUUUUAGCUCCAAUCUCGUGUGUGCCCACAGCUUGUAGUUUGCAUCAUGCUACGAAAUACAUUAACAGCUACAGUCAUUACGAAGGUUGACAAGACUUAAUGGACAAGAUUUAUUUCAGUUUCCGAUUUCACUUACAUUGCUACCAGUUGUUAGACGUCUUACAUCCAUCCCAUCUCAUUGCAAUUUAUAUUGUUGAGUGCAUUUCUGUGUGCUUGACCUGACUUCUGUAUGGUCCAAAUUUUUCCUCCGAUGUCUUCCCCUGUUGUAUUUACCUUCAUUGAGGUAUUUAGCCUUUCAAUUGUUCUGAAUUAUGUGUUCCCUUUUUCUGCAUUCUGUCUGACUUUGACAAGUGCUCUCGUGUCUUGUUUCUUAGGCUGAACAUCUUUGUAGUCUGUAAAUGCACAUUUGACAUGUAAAGCACAUAGUGGUGAAGCUGUUAUCUGCAUUGCACUUUGCCACUUCUUUUGCAUUUGUUGUGGCAAGAGUUUGCUGAUGCGGACUAGUGCUGUCCUAUUGUAAUUUUUUUCCGUAGCACUGCAUAGAGGCUACCAGAAUGCUCAAAUGUGUAACAUUGACUAGGCGCUGUACUGUGGGCUAGCUGACACUGCUUGUGGAAUGAAGUGCUGGGAUGCUAAGAUGCUUUAGUGAACCUAUGAAAAACAAGCUGAAUGUCCCAGUGACCAUGCAAGAAUUUGCUUGGUCCAUUUGGACAUACAAAGCUUUUUGAGUGGUGAUGGCAGUACCUCGCAGCAUUUCUUCAUUGUCUGUUCUGGAAAGUUCUUGUCUUUUGAUGCUACUCUUUGUAAAUAGUAAGCUUUUGCUAUCACUGCUGUAAAUGCAUGCUGAAAUAUAACUUGUGCACCUGUCUUGCUCCACAGUGCAAGACAUCCCAUGUAAGGUUGCUGCAACAUAUAGAAGUGAUUAAAUGAUGCAGUUUUUAUGACCUAUA